UCUGCUGUCCAGGAAAUGGACUCAUAUUUCUGUUACACCGACACAGGUGCUUCCUGUUGUGGAGUGUGUGAUCGCUUCUGGUGCGGUUUGGUCCAUGUUUUGGUCAUGUAUCGGAAUGUUUUGGGUAGAUUGGUGACAGAAACAGUUCGUGUUCAUUGCUAUGUGACGCAUGCACCUUUAAUACAAAGGACAACACCUUCGUCUGUGUUUAUCCGGAGCUUUACCGAUGUAAAGGAUGACGUGGAACAGCCAUUUGAUACCUCCCUUCUUGAAUUCCUCGUAUGUCCGCUAUCCAAGAAACCAUUGAGAUAUGAGGCUAAGACAAAUGAGCUGAUCAACGAGGAGCUUGGCAUCGCUUAUCCCAUCACUGACGGCAUCCCCAACAUGAUCCCCCAGGAAGCCAGACUCCUUCAGAAAGAUACAGACACCUCAGUCUCACCAGCACAAGAAUAGCAACACAACCAAUCCAUGCA